UCAAAUAUUUAUUAUUCAUAAUCAUUAAUUGUCAUAUAUAUAUAUUAACCAUAUUAGGCAAUUCCAUAGUUUUUAUUUAAAGAAAGUGCGAAAAUAUUUUUUUGUAUACUAUUUAUCAAUUUAAUAGUUAGUUUAAUAAAAAUUAUAGUAUAAGUUAAGAUGGAUCAACCUAUUUUUCUAAUAAAUCUGAAUUUCAUUCUCAUGAUGACACGUGACUACAAAACAAUAUACGUUUCUCAAUUAAUAUAUAAGAGAUACAUGACCUAACCUAAUUUUAUGUUACAACAAUAAAGGCAAAUCGUGAUAUACAAUUUUAUGUAGCAAAAAAUAUAUAACAAUAUAUAUUUCUAGAAGUAUUAAUACUAAAACCCGAUUAAUCCGGGUGAAAUCAUGACUGAAAUGUUUAACGGCUUCAUCAUUUUCCCUGUUUUCAAAAUAUUGCCAUAAAUGUUUAAAAGUCUACCCGUUGAAACCAGAGAAAAUACAGUAUAUGGAAAAGUGAAGUAAAUGAGAAUUAGGGUUAAUUAAUAUGGAGAUGGAAAACUUGGUGAACAAGUCACUUCAUCUGUAUUGAAUUAUUAAUGUGAACAAUGAACAUCACCAAUUUAUCAAUUACGGUAAAUUUAUUCAUGUCUCUAAUUCUCAACCAGCCCUUGGAGCUAUGCCUGAGGGCACCAGUGUUGGUAAGAUGCUCUCCUCUUCACUCUAAUAGCCUCUCAUCUGCAUCCUUGCCGCAAACGCAAACCCUUCCUAAAUUCAUCUACUGCGCUGAUCCUUGUAGACCACAACUCGCAAGAAUCAUGGUUAGGAGGGAUGGUGACAUGAUUCCUUUUGAUUUGGAUUCGCCUUAUGAUUUUAUGGAGGCACCGGAAUUGAUAGGAUCAACCAAUGGAUGGAUAACGUCUUUGGUGGACGGCAGGGUGUGUCUCUACACACACCGGGGGAAGCGUCCUGAUCAUGAAAGAAUUUGGUUACCUGCUCUUGAAAGUCUGCCUCUUUGCCAAGCCCAAGUGGUCACCAACGUGGCGAUGUCCUCAUCUUCUCCAGAGGAAGAGUACCGUGUUGUGGCUGUCAAGUUCUUGGGACCUCAACUCAGCAUAUCUCAACUCAUAAGUCGUAGACAUGCUCAAGUCGAAGUGGAGGGAAUCCACAUCAGAAUCUCAAACCCUUGUUUCUUCUCCUCCCCUGUCAUGUACUCUGAGAAAGAGGACAUGUUUCGCAUUGUCGGAUCUGGAGGCCACCUUGUUGGAUCAUGGGAUCUCCGCAAACACAAGGACACACCAAAGAUUCAGAGACUUCAAUUUCAAAACCUUCCGGAGAUGAGCAAGGCCAAACGGGAGCUUCUGUACUCGUGCAACACCAGCGAACACUUGGUGGAGUCAAGAACCACCGGUGAAACUUUCAUGGUCAAAUGGUACAAAAGGACGUCCAAGACCAUAGAGAGAAUGGAAACAAAAGCUUUAAUGGUCUUCAAGAUAGACGAGGAAGGUAACGCUGUUUACACUCAAGAUAUUGGUGAUCUCUGCAUUUUCCUCACAAUGACUGAAUCUUUCUGUUUCCCUGCUUGCUCUGUUCGCCACAUGCGUCCUAGUCGCGUCAAAAUCAUGGAUGUCGACGAAAUCACUAUUGUCGAUCUGGCUGCUCAAAAGUGGAACUGAUAAGAAUAGUAGUUUGGAGUAUAAAGAGUCUUUUUAGUUUUAUAUGUUUAAGCUCUAUUGAGUGUGUGUUUUUUUUUUGUGUUGUGACUUUAUAAUGGAAAGCUAUCUAUGCAUUGUGCUUUGGUGAUUUUAACAAAAUAUUAGCGUCUCUAGAAUAUUCCCAAGAGUCUCUCCAAGUAGUGAUGCGAGCACCACUGCUUUUGUGCAUACGAUGAGAGUCUGAUGUGUUUUGCUUAUCCCUUGCUGAGGUUGUUCUUUAGAUGUUACAAGGCAUGUGUUUCAUGUUGUUGUUAGGAAUCUUUGAAAGCAAGAAAAAAAAGGAAAGGCUUGAGUGGGAGGAUAAGCACCAUUUGUAUAUUUCUGAAGCAGAACUGCAAAGUAUCAUCUCAUUCUGUGUUUUGUGCAAAACAGUUAAACAUUUAAAGAAGCCUACAGCAGACAUUUUCAGCUAUGUGAAACGAUAAAGUUGUACUUUUAUUAUUGUAAAAAAUUCAAAUGGUAGGACUAGUAGCAGAGGAGUUCACAAGUGUUCCAGAUAUGCCGUUUUAGCUAGUGCAAAAAUGUUUUAGCUGGUGAUGAUGAUUGUGAUUCGGUGAGUGAUGAAGAAGCAAGAAUAGUUAAGGUAUCGAAGGAGAAAGGUCGAAGCACAAGAAUCAUAAUCCACUUUGUGUCAUACCUUGCUGUUUGUUUAAAUUAGAGUGGAGAUUCACUAGCACAAGGUCAAACAAUCGUCGUUAGCUCCCACCGGUGCAGGGACCCAUAUUCUAAUGGGUUUUUUUUUUAAAAAAAAACAAAAAUUCUAAGAGGCCUAAUUGUGCUAUUGAUCUUGUCUUGUACUCUUCUGUUCAUAUCUAACUUUCUUGAUGCUGUAAAUCGGAAAAGAAAACAAAAUUGAGCUAAGCUAUUUUUCAGGAAACACAUUCGUAUUAGGAACAUAAUCAUUACCUACGGUAUUUGUCUUUCAUAGAUGAUGAAACUCAUAAUAUGUAAUCAUACCAUGGCACAUUAGAGCAUCUCCGAAAGAAACUUUAUAACUCCAAAUAUAGAGUGAAACUCCAAAUAUAGAGUUUCACUUUUCAAAACUUCAAAUUUGAAGUUUCAUCUUUUUAUUUACAUUUUGGUCCUUACAAUUAUAGAUCACUAGGGGUUAAUCCGCCCUACGGGCGGGUAAGUAAAUGAACGUGAAAUAUAUAAUUUUUUAAAAUUUUGAUGGGUUUUUAGAAUCGUAACAUUAAGUUUUACCAUUUUUUAAAUAUCAUAAGUAUAUCUCACAUUUUCUUAAAAAUCAUGGAAAACAUAAUUAUUUUGAAUAUUUUUCUAUUUUAAGUACGAUAGUAAACAGAAGAUUAUUGAUAAAACUGCAAGCAUUAGGUUAAAAAUGAAAAAUAUAUUAUGGACAGGUAGAGUUUUCUAUAAUUAAGAAUUUGGGAUAAUUGAAUGGUUAGAGCCUUAGAGGUUAGUUUAUUAUAAAUUUUGGUGUUAUAUAUUACUUUUUAUAUUGUAAAUUAAAUAUUAGAAAUGGUAAUUGUGUUGUAGUAUAUUUUAUUUAUUUAUUUAGCAAUUAGUCCACAUUAGAAAGUAGCACUAAUUCUGGAGAAAAGAGAUUAUGUGAUGGGAAAUGUGGUUUCACCUUUGAAUUUGAGCUAUUUUGUCUAAUAACAUGUAUUUGUAUUGUGGUUAUCAUGAAAUGUAAUUUGGCUUAUGUAUACAACAUAACCGUUUUCCAGACAAACCAAACAUAUAAUAUUUAUCAUCAAGAUUGGUCUUUUCUUUUUGACCAAAAAGAGAGUAAAUACGAAUGAUACAGACGAAGAAGUCCAUAAGUGUUUGGCUAGGUGUCAAUAUUAAGAUAAUGUUCUAUAUAUUUGUUGUCAAGUGGUAUAUGUGAGAGGCCAUCAAGUGAGGCUUUGAGCUUAUGUAGACACUUACUAUAAGUGUUGGUUUUGUCGAGAUGUAUUAUUUGUAACGGUUGGGGAGACUAAUUGGCCGUAUAUAUUAAAGAUCCUUGGUGCCAUCAAGUAAAUAUAAAUCACUAAACAUGUGCACAUGAAAUUUUAAGGACAAUGUCUUAGUCAAAACCUGAAAAGAGGGGAGGGAAAGGUUUAACCAAAAUUUUGAAAAUUCUAAUAAAAACUUGGAAGGAACGAAACAUAAGACAAUAAGCGGUGAAUAAAAAAAAAGCA